AUGGCCACUAAGCGCACCACACUCAAGGAGCGCAAGUAUAUGUGUCCGCUAUGCGAGAAAAAGUUCACUCGGCCAUCGUCGCUGGCCUGCCACAAGUACACACAUACAGGCGAGCGCCCACACAUGUGCUACUUCCCCAACUGCGGCAAGCGGUUCUCGGUUCGCAGCAAUCUCAAGCGCCAUCUGAAGGUC